AUGCGACCAUUAUGUGUCUCUAACCAUACACUAAGAGUAGGGCAGCGACCAUUACUAGUCUCUGUCCUCAAUGGCCACCGACGCGCAUACAAUGUCGCCGUGCUCGGCGGCGGCAUCACCGGCUUGAGCGCCGCGUGGAUGCUCACACACCAGCCCUCCUGCACCUCGGUGACCCUCUACGAGAAGUCACCGCGCCUGGGGGGUUGGAUGGAUAGUGAAACUAUUCCUGUGCCCGGCGGAAAAGUGGUGUUUGAGUAUGGUCCGAGAACACUUCGAGGCGCGUCGCCGACCUCGAAGCCUCUCCUCAACAUGGUAUGA